ACCCUCCCCCCGCGGCCACAAUAACAGGGCGGCGCUGAGGGGCAGUCCUUCUGUGUCUGUAUGUGUGCUGCAGGAAAAAUGUAGACACGAGCACAUUAAUUCAGUAAAGGGAAAAAGGAGAGGAUAUCCUGCACAUUGCUGCUGAGGCAAGUUGCACUGAAUUUGCGUAACACUGUGAACGUUUCCUUUAAUCAGAAAUCAUUGCAAAUAUGGGUCCCCGGCGGAAAAAUGUGAAACCAUGCUCAGUGAACAGGGAAGGCUCUGAGUCUACCAAAGCGGAUGAGCCAAAGGAUUACAUGAACCAGCUCUCUCAUGAAGUGCUUUGCCACAUCUUUAGGUACCUUCCCUUGCAGGAUAUUAUGUGCAUGGAAUGCCUGUCCCGGAAGCUGAAGGAAGCAGUCACUCUUUAUCUGCGAGUAGUGAAGGUUGUGGAUCUAUGUGCAGGCCGUUGGUGGGAAUACAUGCCCACUGGUUUCACUGAUUCCAGUUUCCUAACGCUGCUGAGGAAGAUGCCAGACAUUGAACAACUUUAUGGUCUUCAUCCCAGGUAUCUUGAAAGACGCAGAGUCCGUGGCCAUGAAGCUUUCAGCAUUCCUGGAGUUUUAGAGGCUUUGCAGGCCUGUCCAAAUCUGCUGGGUGUUGAGACUUCUCAUUUAGAGCUGGUAGAAGCUAUUUGGACGUACAUGCCACAAGUUCAUAUUUUAGGGAAGUUUCGUAAUCGUAAUGGUGCUUUUCCAAUUCCUCCUGAGAACAAGCUGAAAAUUCCUAUAGGAGCUAAAAUUCAGACUUUGCACUUAGUAGGGGUGAAUGUCCCUGAGAUUCCUUGUAUCCCAAUGCUGAGGCACCUUUAUUUGAAGUGGGUGAGACUCACCAAACCGCAGCCUUUUAAAGAUUUCCUUUGUAUCAGCUUACGCACUUUUGUCAUGAGGAACUGUGCUGGACCCACAAAUUCUUUGAAGUAUGUUCCCCUGGUGACAGGCCUGGCUUCUGCUCGAAAUUUGGAGCAUUUAGAACUGGUUCGUGUUCCAUUUCUUGGAGGACUUAUCCAGCAUGUGGUAGAAGAUAGCUGGAGAUCAGGUGGUUUUAGGAAUUUGCACACUAUAGUUCUGGGAGCUUGCAAGAAUGCACUUGAAGUGGAUCUUGGCUACCUCAUCAUAACUGCUGCACGAAGGUUGCAUGAAGUGCGGAUCCAGCCUUCCUUGACCAAAGAUGGUGUUUUUUCUGCUUUGAAGAUGGCUGAACUGGAAUUUCCACAGUUUGAAACUCUUCAUCUAGGAUAUGUUGAUGAGUUUUUACUACAGUGUAAAAUGACAAAUGGAGACUUGGUAAAGUACGGCUUGGCUGAUGUGGUUGAAAAUCCGGGAAUUAUUACAGAUAUUGGUAUGAAAGCUGUAAAUGAAGUUUUUUCUUGCAUCAAGUAUCUCGUCAUUUACAACUGCCCACAUCUACAUAACCCAAAUAACUGGAUCACAGAUCAUUCAAGGUGGACCCGACUGGUUGACCUCACCCUGGUGCGAUGCCAUGCAAUAAAGCUGGAUUCUUUUAGUCAGUUCAUUGAGUUAUUGCCAAGCUUAGAAUUUAUUUCUCUGGACCAGAUGUUCCGUGAACCUCCUAAGGGUUGUGCUCGUGUGGGCCUAAGUGCAGGCACAGGAAUUGGUGUCUCAUCUGCCCUAGUCAGCAAUCAGAACUCUAACAAUGACAACGACAACAACAAUAACCACCAGAAUAACAAUAAUCCAAACAUUCACCACAACAAUCACCAACACCCAAAUGACCAGAAUGAGGAGAAUGAGCUGCGGCAAGAUGGUCAAGCUGAAGAGCAGCAGAUUGCAGCUGAGGCACUGAACGAGAUGGAGGAGGUGGCACAGGAAGAAGGAAUGGCUGCUGGGCAGGGCCAGAAUGAGCUCCCGGCUCACAGCCAGGCUGUUGUUCCUAUGGAGGUCGAUGAAGAGCAAGCAGGACCAAGUGGCAUUCAGCCUGUUGUGAAAGCAGCACCUAUUACCGUCCAUGAUUCAGACAGUGAGGAUGAGGAAGAAAACAUGGGGACUUCAAGAGCCUCCAUCUCUAACAGCAUUGCACAGAAUUACUCAGACGGAGAAGAGAAAAGCAGAGAUCCAGUGGAAAUUAGAGAACCUUCAGUGAGCGGUAAAGGCAAGACACCACUGCGGAAGAGAUGUAGUGCCAGCCAAGCGGGCCAGACAAAGCAGUUCCAUACUGAGGAAAGCAGCUGUGAGAAAGGUUGUCAAGUAACAAGUGAGCAGAUUAAAGCAGACAUGAAAGCAGCAAGUGACAUGCCUGAAAGGAACAAGAGCAAAGAUUCUUACACAGGUUGCAGUAAUGCUACAGGAUCAACGGGAACAUCCAGCUCCUGCAGUGCUGUUUCUCCUAGCCCUGACUGUGCACAGACAGCUAAUAGCCACUCUGCUGGCACCAGUCCAGCACUUGGAGAUGAAUCCAGGCAAUGUGUCUGCUCGCCUUGUAAAAGUGAAGGUUCCAGUGAGAGAGAGACUGAGGAGAGCUCUGUUUGUUCCAGGUGUUCCUGCUACAAGCCACAGGACGCACAACAGAGGACUAGUGGGUGUUGUGAUGGGGAAUGCCCAUCCACGAGUGGAGCCUGCAGGAAUGGACCAAACAGUGCUGGGUCAGAUUUUGCACUUAGAACUCUGCCAAACUGUGGGCCUCCAGGAGACACAAGUGAUGAGAGGACUAGUGGGAGUGCCCGUGGGCCUGCCAGUGAGGAGGAGAGCACAGGCUCACAGCGAAAGAGCUGUGAGAUGGUGUAUAAAGAAGAGUAUCCGCGCCGACCGCUAACAAGAGCUAGAAGCAAGCUGUCCCAUGUCCCUCUGGUAUCGGAGUCAGAGGUAGCCAAGCCAAAGCCUCGGCAAACCACAAAGCGGAAAAGGACAGCUGACAAGUCCACAAGUACAAGUGACCCAGUUAUUGAAGAUGAUCAUGUUCAAGUACUGACUUUGAAAUCCAAAAACCUUGUUGGAAUCACCUUGACCAAUUGUGGGAUAACAGAUUUGGUACUGAAAGACUGCCCCAAAAUGAUGUUCAUACAUGCUACAAGGUGCCGUGUAUUGAAACACUUAAAAGUAGAAAAUGCACCAGUUGUCAAUCGGUUUGACUAUGCCCAGUGCAAGAAGUUAAACAUGGAUCAGAUUUUGGAUCAGAUUCUCAGGAUGCCACCGGAAAGAAACCGGAUCAUUUAUCUUCGUCCAAUGCAGCAGGUUGACACGUUGACUCUCGAGCAAAAGAUAUUUAGUGGCCCUUAUCCAUACCACAUUUGCAUCAUUCAUGAAUUCAGUAACCCACCUAAUGUCCGCAAUAAGGUGCGCGUUCGGAGCUGGAUGGACACAAUAGCAAAUAUCAACCAAGAGCUUAUUAAAUAUGAGUUCUUCCCUGAAGCUACGCGAACUGAUGAAGACCUGAAGAAAUACACUAAGUACCCUUGGGGACGAGAUAUUUACACUCUAGAAGGCAUUGUGGAUGGUGCCCCUUACUCCAUGAUUACUGACUUCCCAUGGUUGAGAUCUCUGAGAACAGCGGAGCCAAACAGUUAUGCAAGAUAUGACUUUGAGGAUGAUGAGAGAACUACUAUUUAUGCACCCCGAAGGAAAGGACAGUUGUCUGCAGAUAUCUGUAUGGAAACAAUAGGAGAAGAGAUCUCUGAGCUGCGCCAGAUGAAAAAAGGUGUAUUUCAACGUGUGGUGGCUAUCUUCAUCCAUUACUGUGAUGUCAACGGUGAACCAGUAGAGGAUGAUUACAUUUGAGUGCAUAGCCUCCCUGACCUCUCAUCUCUUCCUAAAUUCUGAUUGGCACUUGCUGGCCACGAAAGCAGGUGGAUUCUUUCCAAAUGCAAAGCAUUUUCUUGAAACACAUACUUCGCAGUUGCUCUCACACAGUUUGGAAAAGAGUAUGUAGUAAAUGUAUAAUGAAAAGUAAAAAUUGUAUACUAAGAUUUGUACAUAGAGGAAAGAAAAGAAAAACUUCCUAAUACUGAGACUUUAUUUCAUAUGUUUAUACAAUUUAAUUUAAAUUCCAUUUUAAUGAAGGCCAAUAAUUAGGAACAGGGAAGAAUAUUUGAAUUUUUCAGCCCAUACAAUUCAUAGCAGUAUUUUUUUUUCUUAUAAACAAAAUCCCAUUUGCGGUGUUCAAAAGAGUCAUCAGAGUCUCUUUUAAUCUGUGCCUUUUUCUUGAGCAUUUAAGAGUCCAGUCUGAGUAAACCUGUUGAGCACAAUCUUUGUGUCUUGCGUGUAUUUUUCACAGAGAAUUAUUCUACAGCUGCUGCAAAGAAGGCCAAAAGCAGAAAAAAAUGUGGCAAAGUUGGUGAUCUGGGGUUGUUUGUAGAGUUCAUUAAAAACAUUUUUUUGGGAAAGAAACCCCCCCACAUUUAGCACCUUGGAAACAGAAGAUGUGUUCUUAAGUAUUUUGUACCAUUAGAUUUCAUUUAAUAGUGUAUUUGACUCUGUACUGUGAAAAGUAAGUUGUUAAUUGUUGGUUUCACUCUCUUUAACAUGAAUCUGCACAUACUAACUGGCUGAAAUCUGAAUUUUCCCUUAAGACAGGCAAGAAAAGGGAUGUGUAAUUGCUUAGUUAUAGCUGUGUCAGUACAGGAUCCAUCUGACUCCAACAGUGAGCUUUCAGGCUGAUUCAUGCUCACUCAUGAAUGCAGAUUUUCCGUACAGUCAGUAAAUACAGCUACUCUUUGCCCCUGAGUACUUGUUUUUAUUGUAUAUAGAAAAUGCCUCUGGUUCCCACAGUACCCAUAGAUGUUUUGUGUAUAUGUCCAGAAUUUGCUGCAGGUCACUAUACAGGUAUAAAAAUGCACAAGUUAGUAUUAAACUAGCUGGCUUGUGUGCUGCUGGUGAUGUGCCCUGUGGGGGUGGGAGACCCCUUAAAGGCUAAUUUGCUGUGCUGUGAAACAGCGUCUGCAUGCGUACACGGCUGGGACUGCACAAACGCACCUUUGGAUGUGCCAUAUCAUCAACUGUGGCCGGAUCCAUCGUUCACGCUUUUUAAAAGUUGCGGAGUUACCAGCCUAACAAAUGGCAGUGGUAAAAGCCGUAGAGCAAAUUAGUUUAUACCAUUAUACAAUUUUACACAAUAUUGUUAAUGAUUUUAAUUCUUUGAACUUUGGUAUGAAUGUGACUAAUGGGGUUUUCUAUGACGUUAGCCCUGUAGAAUUGAAGAGGCAAAACUGUUCAACACAGCAAAGCCAGUGUUGGUUUUCUCUGCGUCUGUCCCUCUGUGGAGAUUCUUGAGGUAACGUGGAACUAGAAAUACACUAGAUAAGAGGAAGAGAACGGUGCCCAAUGGAAGCAGCAAGAGAUUUGGUACAGUAGCAUUUUCUCACAUGUGCCCUCUCUAACUGGAGGUGGAGUGCUGAAUACCAAAUAAUGAUGUGAAUGCUGUUAAAUUUGCUUUAAUGCAGGAUCAAAGUUAACGGUUCAGGUGUAACAAAUAUAUUUAACUAUAGAUAAUAUAUUCAGUGAUAUUCAGACAAAACAUAAUUGUGACCCUUCCUAGAAGUGUUUCAAGUAAUCUGAGUGAUCGAUUCAGUCAUGUUUACCAUUUGAAUACCGCAUGUACAGGAAAAUGUUACUGCGUUUCUGGAGUAUUGCACAGAUCUCCAACUGGUACCUCUGACUUUAGCCUUUUGAAGAAGUAUUUAUACAAAUAAUGUACUUACUUAUAUCCAGUAUUUCUUUCUGUAAGCAGCUGAACCUUCCAGCAGUUUUAACCUUCUAAACAUUACACCCAUUUUACAGAUAGUGGUAAUAUAGUGACCAAAUUCAUUGUGUCCAUCUCAUGAGAGCUCUGGGUGAUUGAGACUGUAUUGAGAUUGUAUCUGGGAUCUGGACAGGGGACCUGCUGUUUUCACUAAGAAACAAUUUUCACUUCCUUGUGUGAGAUGCAAGUCCUUUUCAUGACAUGGCUGCAUAACUCCUUCUUGCGCUAAGAUCAGCAAAGAACAGCUGAUAUAAAUAAAUAAAUACCCUUCCCUCAGAGCUCUAGGAGGAGCAGGCUGCUAUCACUGCAAAUAAGAUGGCUGAGUGGUCCUGCUCUGUUCAUCUUUCUACAACAAAGAAAACUCUCAACUGGGGCUUUCAGCUUUACUGUGCUCGUAUGUGGCAG